AUGUCGGCUGCCUGGCUUCGGGUGGCAGAUGCCUGUGCCGAGGGCUGUGGUGAUGCGCUACAGGUAGCGACGGCGCUGGAGCAGCUGGAGGCCAGCAAUGCUCUCUGGCGCGAGCUCCGUGACGAAACCUGGGAGCGACUUCGUGUGGCAGAUGCACAGCUGAGGUCCUUUAGCAUGGACGAGAUUGCUCGGGUGCGUUCGUGUGGCGAGAGCUCUCCACUCACCGCGCUUGCCGUGGAUCUUCUGCGCCCACCCUGGCUGCAGAUGCCGCAAAGAGUGGCCGACGCUGUGCACAGGUUCGAACAAAACAAAGCACCAGAGCCGCCAGACGCGAAGUGCCGAAAGAGAAGUGCUGAUGCCACAGAGGUCCUCUGCACUGUCGAUUGCCAUCCAGAUAUGGAUGACAGAGACCUUUGCUGGCAUUGCUGGCACCGAGACGAAUGCAAUGGUCGCCCUGAUGAGAUUCAGGAGCUGUUGGCUGCCGCCCGGCGGCUCGGGGCUGGGGCCGCACUUGGCCAUCGGGCCCGGCUGGCUGAGCAGCGCUGGGAAUAUCCCGGCCGCCUGGCCUCCGCGUUGCUCGCCCUCCUCGCUCGUGGCCGACAUGACAAAGGCAAAGCCCAGGUGCUGGUGCUUGGUGGCCUCGGGGUCUCGGCCGUGGCUGCUGCUCGCUGUGGUGCUUCGGUCCAAGUGGUCGAGCCGAACCCGACGGCCAGGUCGGCACUUUGCAACGUCUUCCGUGCUAACAAAGUGACAGAGUUGGUCACUGUGAUACCUGACGUUGCAGCGUCGAGUUCCUUUGACAUCUGCGCAGUUGAAGGACUGGAACCUGAUGGCCUUCUAGGCUGCGGCGUGCUUGCCGUGCUGCAGCAGCUUCAGCCAAAGCUUGCUGAAGCGCAAGUUUUGCCUUCGAGCCUCCACCUGGAAGUGGCCCUAGCAGCAUCACGGCUUGCGACUGCUGCCGGCAUUGCCGAAGGAGCGAUCUUGGAGUCUUUCGCAGAAUCGCAUGGAGGGCUCGCACCAGUGCCGCUGGCUCUUCAGCAAAGUGCUGCAGCACUCCGGCCGGUGCAGCUGUCGGAAUUCAGUCCAGCGUGGACCUUCCAAAGCGAGGCUACCACGAGCGCAACAAAGAGCAGCAUCAGAUUGCGGCUGCUGAAGGAGGCGCAGGCGGACUCCCUCCUGCUCAGAUUUCAUGUGAGCUUCGGCGAGCUUGGAGAAGGCUGGACGGGACAAAGCGUGCAACAGCUCCCGGCCAGGCUAGAGAAGCUUCCGUCUGGCAGUGAGGUUGCAGUUACUACCUGCUGCAAUCUUCAGCGCUUGUGGUUCGAGGUGCCCGACCUCAAACUUUACUCUUCGCCGCCGCUACCGCGAGUCUUCCUACUCGACUGGUAUGCCGAGAUGAUGAACGACGUGCCUCGCAACACAGCCUUUGAGGCCGCGAUCCGGAAAGUCGUCGCCGCGGCCCGCCAGCCAAGUGGGGCCUGCCGCGUCAUCGACCUUGGCUGCGGCGCUGGGGUGCUGUCGAUGCUCGCGCUGCGAGCAGGUGCCACGGAAGUGCUGGGUGUGGACCACUCGCCCCACCUGGCGCGAUGUGCGCGGCGGGUCUUGGCCCAGGAGGACAAGGUCAGCGUGUUGUGUGGGGACAUUCGCACGGUCUCUGUUGCGGAGGAGGACCGCUUUGACGUGGUCGUGGCAGAGCUCUUAGAUGCUGGUGGCCUUGGCGAGAAGAUCAUCCCCUUCCUUCGCCACGCCAAAAGCAGGCUGCUUCGCCCCGGUGGCUAUUUGGUGCCCCGCGGCCUCCGGGUCCGGGCCUCCCUUGUGGAGGCCCGUCUCCCUCAAGUCACGCCUCGUCUUCCCGGCGGCGGCAUCGCGGCGGAAGUGGAUCUCUCGGCCUUUGACCCCUUCUGGCUGCCAGCUCGCGCCGAGCGAAGCGAGUGGCUUGGCAUCGACCUGGAUGCUGGCUGCGACUGGGAGCCCGCUUCGGAGGUGGUGGAGGUGAUCUGGCUGAACUUCCAGGGCUCCCAGGCAGAUCUCAUCGAGGCGCUCCAGGAACGUGAGCUCCAGUUUCCGCUAUCAGGGGCCCGGCGGAUCAACGCCGUGGCCUGGUGGUUUGAAGCGGAUCUGGGAAUUGGCGACGAAGGAGCUUGUGACCUGACCAGUGCUCCGAGCCGCUUUCGGCCUGCGCACUGCGGUGCCACGCACUGGGUGCAGGCGCUGGCAGGCAUUGGGCCUUACGAGGCUCCGGACGGUGCCUCUGCACUCGGAGUUCGCGUCCGCACGGACGGCGUGACGUUCACCUGGACUCCCGUGGGCUUCGAUGCUGCCCUCCGACCCGUGCUGCCGGAAGCGCCCGAAGAGUCCAGUGACGUCGCAGCCUGGCGCUCGGAGGUCGCUGAGGCCUCGCGGCAGCUCCAAGACCUGGAGAACUCCUUGGACCGCAUUGGCGAUGUUGCCCGCCUGCAGGCCUUGCAGGCUGCAGCGCUUGCCCUGGCGGCGCAGCCAGGGAUGAUCGGCCUCGAGGCCACUCCUGAUGUGGUGGCGCGAUUGCUGAAAGGACUCUUCGUUUGA